UGAUUUUAAUCAGGACUUAGGUAAAAACAAAAAAAUGAAAAUAAACGAAUGUUGGAGAUGAGCCGAAAACAACAGUUGACGUCGUCAUUCAUCGUCCACAAUUUUUCCCACAACACAUUCUACGAAAACACGCAAGAAUUGAUUCCCAGAAAGAACAAACAAUUGGAUAUUCUUAUUCUUAUAGAGAUGCUAAAUCUUAGUUUUCCCUUUCGAAAUUGAGUUGAGAAGAAAAUGUUUGGAUGCAUAUGCUUCCGCUGGAGCAAAAUUUCAGAUCUCUCUUACCGAGAACCUGAUAGGUUUCUUCUCCCAGAACCCAUCCCUCAAUGGCCUCAAGAAUGUUCUGGUACAGGAUUCGCUAGUGGAACAAUUAAACUAGGGGAAUUGGAGGUUCAUAAAAUCAGCAAGUUUGACUUUGUCUGGGGUUGUAAUCUGUCACAAGAUCGGAAACAGGGUGUUAGCUUUUAUAAGCCAAGGGGGGUGCCUGAUGGAUUUUUCAGCCUUGGCCACUACUGCCAAUCUAACAACAAGCCUCUACGAGGGUUUGUGCUUGUUGCUCGGGAAGUGGCUAAACCUGAGGCAGGAGAUCAUUGCAGUGGAGAUCCUUGUUUGCCUGCGCUUCAGAGUCCCCUUGAUUACACGUUAGUCUGGAGUUCUAAUGAUGGAACUGAAGAAAAUUUCGAUCGAUCCGGUUACUUCUGGUUACCUCAACCACCUGAAGGUUAUAAAGCCCUGGGGUUCAUUACGACUACUAAGCCUGUUAGACCUGAGUUAGGGGAAGUUAAAUGUGUUCGAGCUGACCUCACUGAUGAAUGUGAAACUUACCGCUUGAUACUCAAAACCAGCUCUGUGCUUUCAGAAGUACUGGCAAUUUGGAGCGUAAGACCACGGCAUAGAGGAAUGCAUGGCAAAGGUAUUUCAGUUGGUACCUUUUUCUGCAGUAGUUAUUGGAGCACAGGGCAAGAGCUAAACAUCGCAUGCCUAAAGAACUUCGAUACGAGUCUACAAGCAAUGCCAAACCUUGAUCAGAUUCAUGCAAGCAUUAGGCACUAUGGUCCUACUUUGUUUUUCCAUCCCGACGAGUCCUAUCUUCCAUCUUCUGUACAAUGGUUCAUUGACAAUGGGGCAAUGCUCUAUACGAGAGGCGAUUCAGUUGCUAAGCCUAUUGAGCAUGGCGGUUCCAAUUUACCUUGUGGUGGGACAAACGAUGGCCAAUGUUGGAUUGAUUUGCCGAGCGAUGUUCGGAGGGAUAUUGUCAUGUUUGGAAAUUUACAGAGUGCAAAAGUUUAUGUUCAUGUUAAGCCAGCGUUAGGUGGUACUUUCACAGAUCUUGCAAUGUGGAUUUUUUGCCCCUUCAAUGGGCCAGCUACGCUAAAGGUAGGAGUAGUGAAUGUUCCUCUUAGCAAAGUUGGUCAGCAUGUAGGUGAUUGGGAGCAUUUCACUCUCCGAGUGAGCAAUUUCACAGGAGAGUUGUGGAGUAUCUAUUUUUCUCAGCACAGUGGUGGUGAAUGGGUGGAUGCUUAUGAUUUGGAGUUCAUUGCAGGAAAUAAAGCUAUUGUUUAUUCAUCAAAAAGUGGUCAUGCUAGCUUUCCUCAUCCUGGAACUUACAUUCAAGGGUCCUCAAAGCUAGGGAUUGGAAUUAGAAAUGAUGUUGCCCGUAGUGAUCUCUACAUAGAUUCAAGUACCCAGUAUGAAAUUAUGGCAGCAGAGUAUCUCAGACAUGAAGCUGUGAGUGAGCCAUGUUGGUUACAAUAUAUGAGAGAGUGGGGUCCAACCAUUAUUUAUGACUCAAGAAAGGAGCUUGAGAAAAUUGUUAAUCGCUUGCCAAUGAUGGUUCGAAAUUCAGUACAGAGUAUUUUUGAUAAGCUGCCAAUGGAACUGUUUAAGGAGGAAGGUCCUACUGGGCCAAAGGAGAAGAACAAUUGGUUUGGAGAUGAAAGAUGGUAGCACAUUUCUUUGUCUAUGGGUAUCUUAUUCUUGCUAGUAGAUCAGAAUUGGCUUGUUGUACCAUUAUGUACAGAUUCCUCUUACUCUACGUCUAGAGUGUUCAAAUGACAAGUUAAGUACAUGAGUAAUGGAAGUAAGAAGUGGAAAAUGGGCUUUGUUGUUGCUUUAGUUUAGCAAUUUGUGAGGGUGGACUACAUUGAGGAUCCUACGAGUUCAUAGUCUAUAGCAGGAGUUAUGUUGAUUAUUUGGUUAUCUGCCGAAGGGAAGCAGAACACACUACUCAUAAACCAAGAGGGCAUCAAGAACAUGGUAAUUCUUCACCUUAAAGCAAAUUGAUUGUUGAUAUCACCAUUUCAUUCUGCACCUAUCACAAUGUGCUGCUUCUCUUUCAUUGUGGCAUCAGAUUGUCCUUUGCUGAGUUAAGCAAAGUUUAAUGAGGACAUUCCUCGAUCCAAAUCCUAACUUCAUGGCAAAUUAAAAAAAAAAGGACUUCUGUAUGAUGGAUCCCCUCUAUCUUUUAUUCUCCUUGUGGACGUUCUUUACUGUAUGAGCAAGCGAGGCGAGUGUAACGUUUGGCAUUGGCAGUCUCCCAUGCAUCCCACUAAUCUAAACAGGUAAGACACUUGGGAGAAUGAUCAUUUGGUUUGCAAAAACAAAGUCAUGCAGGGAUAACAAUGUAGGGAUUGUGUUACGGGGAUUAAUUAUCACUGGAUUAUUUAGUGUAUAUGUUUUUCAGUGAAUAUUUAGUUCAUUGCACUUGUAUAUACUGUGUAUAUUAAUAGAAGUCCACAAUUUUAACCUUGUUUUUGAAGUAAAUAAAAGAUACAAAGAUGAUAUUGAGGCUG